CCCUGAUGGCCAGCCUGCCCUGACAGGGGAGUUAACCCGGAUUCUCAGCAGCAGGCUAGCGAGAGCGCUGGGGGGUGGACCCCCAGCUGCGGCUCAGAGCCGCAGGGGAGGUGCUGCAGCUCCCGGGCUUUCAGCGCUCGUGGCCCCUCCCGGUUGCACUUCCUCUCGCAGCCCGGCCGCAGCCCCGGCUCCACAAUCCCGGAGCACGCAGCCCGCGGCCUGGGCACGCCCUAGCUCACAGGGGCAACCUCUCUUUCUUCAGCCCCGGCCAGACCUGCUAUCCCUACCUGGGUCUGGGAGGAAGGAGUGGUCUCUGGUGUCUCUGUCCUUGGAGGUUCCAGCUGGUCAGAGAAGCCUCUACACGUCAGGAUGACCACGCCCUCCAGCCCUCCUGCCUUCAGGCUGGAGACAUCCGAUGUAGAUGAAGAAGAUGGUGCUGAUGUGGACAAGAGAAAGCCAGGCAGUGGACGUGUCCGACCCCCCAUGGAGUCACCAUUCCAGGGCGAGGACCGGAACUUCGCCCCUCAGAUCAGAGUGAACCUCAACUACCAAAGUCAGGGGAACCCAAACCGCUUUGACCGUGACCGGCUCUUCAGUGUGGUUGCCCGGGGUGUCCCUGAAGAGCUGGUUGGGCUACGAGAGUACCUGCGCCGUACCUCCAAGUUCCUGACCGACACAAACUACACAGAGGGCUCCACGGGGAAGACAUGCCUGAUGAAGGCUGUGCUGAACCUUCGGGAUGGGACCAACGCCUGUAUCCUGCCGCUGCUGCAGAUCGAUCGGGAUUCUGGCAAUCCCACGCCCCUGGUUAAUGCCCAGUGCACAGAUGAGUACUACCAAGGCCACAGUGCCCUGCACAUUGCCAUUGAGAAGAGGAGCCUGCAGUGUGUGAAGCUGCUGGUGGAGAAUGGUGCCGACGUGCAUGCCCGGGCCUGUGGCCAGUUCUUCCAGAAGAAAAGCCAAGGGGCUUAUUUCUAUUUUGGUGAGCUGCCCCUCUCUCUGGCGGCAUGCACCAAGCAAUGGGAUGUGGUCACCUACCUGCUGGAGAACCAGCACCGGCCUGCCAGCCUGGAGGCUGCCGACUCACUGGGCAACACGGUCCUGCACGCACUGGUGAUGAUUGCAGACAACUCGGCCGAGAAUAGCCAAUUGGUGAUCCACAUGUACGACAGGCUCCUCCAAGCUGGAGUCCACCUCUGCCCCACUGUGCAGCUGGAGGACAUCCCCAACCUGCAGGGCCUCACGCCUCUGAAGCUGGCUGCCAAGGAAGGCAAGAUGGAGAUUUUCAGACACAUCCUGCAGCGGGAGUUCUCGGGGCCAUGCCAGUCCCUUUCCCGAAAGUUCACUGAGUGGUGCUAUGGGCCUGUCCGGGUGUCGCUGUAUGACCUGGCCUUUGUGGACAGCUGGGAGGAGAACUCAGUGCUGGAGAUCAUCGCCUUUCAUUGCAGGAGCCCGCACCGACACCGAAUGGUGGUUUUGGAGCCGCUGAACAAGCUGCUGCAGGAGAAAUGGGACCAGCUUCUCCCCAGGUUCUUCUUAAACUUCCUGUGUUACCUGACCUACAUGCUCAUCUUCACUGCUGUUGUCUACCACCAGCCUGCCCUGGAAAAGGCCAUCCUCCCCAUGAAGGUGACGGCUGGAAACUCCAUGCUGCUGCUGGGCCACAUCCUGAUCCUGCUUGGAGGGGUCUACCUCCUCGUGAGCCAGCUGUGGUACUUCUGGAGGCGCCGGCUAUUCAUCUGGAUCUCCUUCGUGGACAGCUACUUUGAAAUCCUCUUCCUGGUCCAGGCCCUGCUCACAGUGCUGUCUCAGGUACUAUGUUUCCUGGCCAUUGAGUGGUACCUGCCUCUGCUUGUGUCCUCACUGGUACUGGGCUGGCUGAACCUGCUUUACUAUACACGUGGCUUCCAGCACACAGGCAUCUACAGCGUCAUGAUCCAGAAGGUUAUUCUGCGGGACCUGCUCCGGUUUCUUCUGGUCUACUUAGUCUUCCUCUUUGGCUUCGCUGUAGCCCUGGUGAGCUUGAGCCGGGAGGCUCAGGGCCCAGGGGUCCCCACGAGAUCAAAUGCCACAGAGGCAGUGAGGCCGGGGACAGGACAGGAGGAUGAGGAGAGCGGCUCAGCCCCAUACAGUGGCAUCCUGGACGCCUCCCUGGAGCUCUUCAAGUUCACCAUCGGCAUGGGCGAGCUGGCCUUCCAGGAGCAGCUGCGCUUCCGUGGGGUUGUGCUGCUGCUGCUGCUGGCCUAUGUGCUGCUCACCUACAUCCUACUGCUCAACAUGCUCAUCGCCCUCAUGAGUGAGACUGUCAACAGUGUUGCCACUGACAGCUGGAGCAUCUGGAAACUGCAGAAAGCCAUCUCUGUCCUGGAGAUGGAGAAUGGCUACUGGUGGUGCAGGAGGAAGAAGCAGCGGGCAGGUGUGAAGCUGACAGUUGGCACCAGGCCAGAUGGUAGCCCAGAUGAACGUUGGUGCUUCAGGGUGGAGGAAGUGAACUGGGCUGCCUGGGAGCAGACGCUGCCUACGGUGUUUGAGGAACCUACAGGGCCCAACCCUGGCACCAUGAAGAACCUCACCCUGGGCUCCCAACCUGAGGACAGUGCCUUGGAAGAGGACCGUCUUCCCCUCCAUGUCCUGAAGUCCAGCUAAUGGCCUGGACAAAGCAGGAGCCUGGCAGGACAGACCCAGGGCAUUUUUCCAGCCCUACCUGAUGGUUCUGGGGCUCUAGAAUGGUGGCAAAUUAAUAAAUAUUUUCUCAUGGCUGACUCUUCUGAAAACAUUUGAGCAAAGUUUUGGGGCCCUUAGGCUGACUGACAUCUGCGUAACUGUGAGCACAAGCCUGUGCCCAGGGCUGGGCUGCUCUGCCCUCACCUGGCCCAGGGGACCCCAUCAGCGGAGUGCAGGGAGCUAGCCUAGGUGUUCAGCUCAAUAUUAUAGCAGGUGGGAGGUGGUGGACAUGGGCAAGUGCAGCCAACUCUCCUCUCUCUCCCAUAGCCUCUAGACCCCUUUAAAGCUACCUCCAACAGGUCUCUUCAAAGUCUUUGAGCAGUUCAGCUUAGUUUAGACUCUGGAUUAUUGCUUUCUGUGCCUACUGGGCUUCCUGCUCAGUUUACACCCCUGCAAGCCAUUCUCAGCAGAGCAGUCAGAGGGGAUGUUCUGACACAGAGAAACACGGUUCCUCUGUGCUCUGAAGGCUUGAGGGGGUCCCCAGUAUGCACAGGACCCACCAGAUGGCAUCCCCAGCCCUCUAUGGUUUUGCCCGAGCAUUUCCAGACACUACUUCUUCCAUACCUCUGCUACCUGCCCCACUCCAGCCCCCUGCCCCGCCAGCUCUUUCAAUAAAUUCUUCACAUAGGCCAAUGGACCUCAAGCCUGUCUGAUCCCUUGACUUGGCUCUCUGAAAUUCCCUCUCUCCAAUAAGACUACAAUUAUUCUAAGACCAGCUCAAGAAUUGUCUCACAAUAGGCUUUCCAAUUUACUUCAGUCAAAAUGAGUUGCUCCCUCUUGAGGUAAUGUGUUUAUAUAACGUGUAUGCACAAUUGCAUAUUUUUUUUUUAAGUGGGAAAGACAUGAGCAUGUUCAGAUGCUGAACGGAAGGCAGAGUUUUCCACUGCUGUUGAGAUAGAAGACAGGAUAGUAAGACAGGAAAAUUCCUUGGCCAGUGGACUAGGAUACUGAGACAGAUGGCUGAACAGAAUG